AUGGGUUGUCCUUGGUCAGGUUGUUUUUUAUUUGGUUGUGGAAGUGUGUGGACUCUGGAGUCGUCGGCAAGCUAUUCCACCUCAGAAUUCGGUAAAGGCAGCAUGGGUUAUCCGCGAGCGGGUACUGGGAUUGUAUCCCACGAUGCCCAACGAUUUGAUUGCGCAAUUUUCUUAGGACUCUUGGCCGGUUGUUUUGUCGUAUGGCGGCAUCGUCCAUAUCGAUCACUCUCAAUUUACAUUCUCGCAACUGGAUGUUUCACUACCUUUCUCGGCUUUGCUGUUCGAGCUGGAAUUUCUACAAAUCCGGAUCCAUCUCGAGUCAGCUUCAUGGUCGAGUGCAUGCUUUUCGUCAUCGGACAAUUAUGCUUCUUAGAUGUCUGGGUCAUGCGCACUCGUGAUGAACUGGUAGAUGGCGUUUCAGAGCAUGAAGGAGUCGAUCUACAAGCCCACGAAUCACCUCGAACAUGGCUUCUGGCUGCUAAACACGACUGGGAUACGAGACUUGCUCUUGCUUCAAGACUCUUGAUUAUUCCGCUUUGCUUAUUACUUUACCUCGUUGGUUACGCCAUUUUACCGGGCCCUCAAGAUGUAAGAUUCAAUAGCCAAGAAAGUCUCAAAGUCCGAGCUAAUGAACAUUCUGCAUUAGGUGGUGCUAGUUUUUUACCACUGUCCAUUCUGGCCAUCAUGGAUAUUGUCCUGGUGAUGAAAGCAUGUCUCUAUAGUCCAGCAUGGCUUCCUACACUCCUUCUCUUUGUUGCUUCCAUCAUGCUUUGGAUACCAGCUCUAUGGUUUGGUUUUACACAAGCAGUUUGUAUCAUGAUCCUGCUGUUCCUAACAAGACGUCCUGCUUUAUGGGCAUAUCGAGAGCCUCCUGAAGGGACAACACCUGAUCAACCACCUCUACCAAAAUAUGCAUAUGUUCCAGCCCGCUGGACUCGAGGUGGAACCGAACGUAUGGUGGAGACUGCCGAGGCAGGAUGA